GGCGUUGUCGUCGAGAGACGAAUGGGCGUUGUGGGAGGCCACGGCGGCCUGGCGGGAGGAAGCAAGAGCUGCAGGUACUGGUGCAAGACGCCUCAGAACCAGGCGUAUUGCUGCGAAGACGAGAGCGACCCCGUCUCGCAGCCCUUCGUGAAGCCGGGCAGAUGCCCGCCCGUUUCGACCGCAGUGCCCGCCCUGCCCCCCGCCAGGUCAGGCUUCCGCCCCCCCAACGACUGCCCCGGCCGCGAGAAGUGCUGCUAUGACACCUGUCUGCAGCACCACACCUGCAAGGCCCCCGGCAGCACCUGGUAG